CAGAUACACGUGUAUUAACAAUGACAACACUGUCAUGUUGAUCUGAGUCUUGCUGUUGGAAAACCACAUUAGCGCCAGACUUUCGGGUGUCGCAGAUGCACCUCCCCUGACUUCACUCCUCGACUUUCGACUGCAGUCGGUUACUUCAGCCUUACCACUCAAACGAGCCCACUAUCAAUUGAGUAUACUGACGCGACAAGUAGGCCUUUCAAACGGCUCAGUCGGAAGAUAUUGGACUACUUUAGGAGAAAAACAAUUAGCGGGGACUUGUCUUCAAAGAAAAGCCCUCAAAAUGAACAAUAUUGCAGUGGAGGGGGAUGACCACAGUUUGGAAGUGUCCUCAAAGGGUAAAAUCACUGUUAAUAAUGAUGAAGACAAGUCGAGGGAGGGGGUCUUGCCGUGUGGCCUCAGAAAACCCCGCAGUUACAGGCCAAAAUCUAAAGAUCAUAAAAGGCUUAACCCUCACAAAUUAGUUUUGCAAUAUAUUGUGCCAUGUAUGAAUUCAUAUGGUCUGUGCAUUGUGGACAAUUUUCUCGGAAACAAAAUUGGAGAGCGCGUUCUACAAGAAGUCCGACACAUUCACCAAGGUGGAAAGAUGCAAGACGGGGAACUUGCAGGUGGAAACUUUGGCAAAAAUAAAUCCAUUCGAGGUGAUAAAAUUGCGUGGGUGGAAGGGACUGAAACAGGUUGUGAAAACCUUGGCUUUCUAUUGACAAGGAUGGAUAAACUCAUCACCUAUGCCGACGGUAAACUGGGAAGCUACAAAAUUAAAGGGAGGCAUAAGGCGAUGGUGGCGUGUUAUCCAGGAAAAGGGACAGGAUAUGUGAAACAUGUGGACAAUCCCAACGCUGACGGUCGCUGCAUCACCUGUAUCUACUACCUCAACAAAAACUGGAACCCCCAGGAGCAUGGAGGAAUUCUUCGCAUUUUUCCCGAAGGCAAAUCCUACGUUGCAGAUGUUGAGCCCCUGUUUGACAGACUGCUGUUCUUUUGGUCAGAUAGAAGGAAUCCACAUGAGGUGCAGCCUUCAUAUGCAACAAGAUAUGCUAUAACCGUGUGGUAUUUCGAUUCAGAAGAAAGGGCAGAGGCAAAGAGACGGUUUAGAGACUUAACAGCCUCCACCCAAGACCCGGACGGAAGCAGUACUCCCUGAACUUUGACCUUAUAAGAGACUCCAUCCUGUGUGACACAAUACAACACUGGAUCCCUAAUCCUUUGUGCUGACAGAGUUGUCAUGCUUUGGUCUAAUCACUGUUUGGACUGUGCUGUGGUACCUCUUCUAAACGCUACAAAGAUGUUGAAAGUUACAAAGAUGUGUGGUUGUGGUAGAUGAUAAGAAGAGACGUUAAUGGCUUUGUGCAUAUAUUUAGAAAUAAAAGGAUUUUCUGCUCUUUCAAUAACAGCGAUUCUCGUCAUUGUAUUUAAAUGAAUCAACCCAAAUAAUACUGUACUACUUCCUGAAAUGUCUUUAUAGAAUAUGGUUAAAGAAUGUAGUUGGGUUAAAAUCAACUGAAUUUUCUUCUUUAACUACUACUGUUCUAAAAUAAUUGUUUACCAGUUCAUGCAUGCCAGAGAGAGAGAGAGAGAGAGAGAGAGAGAGAGAGGGGUGUGUGCAUGCCAGAGAGAGAGAGAGAGAGAGAGAGGUGUGUGCAUGCCAGAGAGAGAGAGAGAGAGAGAGAGAGAGAGGGGUGUGUGCAUGCUCACGUGUGUAUUAUACAAUUUGGCUCAUCUACAUUUACAUUUAAGUCAUUUAGCAGACGCUCUUAUCCAGAGCGACUUACAAAUUGGUACGUUCACCUUAUGACAUCCAGUGGAACAGCCACUUUACAAUAGUGCAUCUAAAUCUUUUAAGGGGGGGGGGUGAGAAGGAUUACUUUAUCCUAUCCUAGGUAUUCCUUAAUAAUCUGUAAUUAUUAAAAUGUUUGCAUGUAAAUCUUGAACAGUAAAGAUGAAUUGAGGUGACAAUGUUAUGAUGAAAAUCACUAAGGCCUAGAUUCAAUAAGAUCAAGCGUUAACUGACGAUAGCUGACACCUGCAUAGCUGAUGUUUUGGCGCUGUUUGAGGUGGAACAGCAUUGGAGAUGUCAAAUCGCAGCUGCUCUUGAUCAUUGUCAGGAAGCCACAGCCGUCACACUUCCGUUAGAAGUUCAGAAUGAGAAAGUAUAGACUAUAUAGAAAUAAUGACGCUCAAGCUGAAAAUCAUUAAACAAACGAAUGAGGAUUUCUAUCAGCCUAAUCGAGGUGUAGAUUGCAUCUUACAUUCCAGUAUUCCAACUUGUAAACAAGGCUGCAUGAGAUUCCUUUUAAUGCGACUCCAUGCGGCCGAUGGCAAUGUACGCUUUAGGUAUGUGCCAGGUGUCGCUUGUUGAUUUGACAGCGCUAACGCUGUUCCCCCUCCAUCACCGCCAAAACAUCCAAAACAGGUGUGAGAUAUCACCGGUUAACGCUUGAUCUGAAUGAAUUGGGGUCCUCAAUAAAAAUCAGAAUGGGCACCUGUCUGACUUGUUUUAAGUUGGUAAUGCAAUCUGGAGCACUCAAGGGCCAAUCCAAAAUGGCGCCCCUAUUUUUCUAUGUGGUGCACUACUUUACACCAGAUCAGCUUCUGUAUAUACACCUUGUGAGAAAAAAAUCAAUUGUUGAUGCAACAUUCAACUGUUUACAGAGGUGGUGAAUGAAAAACUGUUCAUUGUGGAUAUACAGCACUCUAUGUGUGGUUGUUAUCUGUCAUGGAUUUUUGUGCUUAAAAUCAGCUUGCAUGCUGGUCAGCCAUACAGUCUAUAGUAUGGUGAAUAAUGUGGUUUUGUUAAUGUUUGUUACUUAUAUUCAAGACAAAUACAAUUAUUUUCCACCUGAA